AUGGAAUUCCAAACGCUGCUUCUGGAAGCAGGAAAUGACCUCAAGAAAGCUGAAGUCAAAGCUUUGGUCUUCCUUUGUACCGACCUACUGCGGGGUGCAACUUCAGCUUCAGUGGACACGGCCAGCGACCUCUUCAAAAUCUUGGCUGACCUAGACCACCUCUCGUCUGAAAAACCUCACCUGCUCACCGAACUGCUGCUCAUCAUUCACCAAAACAGACUCAUUAGCAAGUUGAAGCUUCCAGCGCCUCUGAAAUGCCUCAUCUCUCCUUUCAGGAAGCUGCUUUACGAACUUUCGGUGGAACUUACCAAUAAGAACUUGGAAGACAUUAAGUUCUUGUUGUAUGGGGACCCGAAAUUUCCACGGGGGAAACUAGACCAAACUCAGUCAAUUCUGGAGGUAUUCCUGGAAAUGGAGCAAAAGGACCGACUCAGCAGGACUAACUUGAAACUUUUGGAAUACAUCAUUAAGAAUGUUUGUCCGGUAUUGCAAGGAAAGAUCACCAAGUUUAAGGAAGAUCGUGGUAAGAAAAGGAACAUGAGCAGCGUUGAUGCCAAGCAAUGGUCAGUCAUUUCUCGAAUCUCCAGGGUUCUGACUUUUCAGAAAGAGACAGGAUUUAGAGGUUCCACUGUGUUGGAUUAUGAGACAGUUUCAUGCACCACCCAACAUGUGAUCAUCUGCCCCACAGAGACAAGAAAUGCUGGGCAAGCCUUUGUCAACACGAAAGAGUCGAUGAACGGAAAUGACCAGGCUCUGAAACCCUAUCGAAUGACUGCUAAAAAGCGUGGAAUCUGCCUUAUAAUUAACAACAAUGAUUUCAAGAAUUCGCAAAAGGAACUCGACACACGGGAAGGGACCGAAAUUGAUGAAGAUUCUCUGAAGAAAGUAUUCAGAUGGCUCAACUUUGAAGUUAAUGUCCGGAAUGACUGCGACAGGGAACAGAUUCUCUCAUUAAUACAGGAGCUCAAAGAUACCGACCACAGUCAGAUGGAUUGCCUGGUGUGCUUUGUGCUCAGCCACGGGGAGGAAGGCAGCGUGUACGGCGUGGACGGCCUCACCGUAAAAUUCGAGGAGCUUAUGGAACCACUCAACGGGGUGGGAUGCUCCUCGCUGGCAGGAAAACCAAAGCUGUUUUUCAUCCAGGCGUGCCAGGGAAGCAACGUGCAGAAACCCGUUUACUUGCAAAUUGACGGCACUGGAGACAGCAAUUUGACCCACGACUCGGCAAGGAUAAUAUCCAUCGCGUCUGACUCAGACUUCCUGCUAGCUGUGUCUUCCAUCCCAUCCUAUGUUUCUCAUAGACACACCAAGAAAGGCACUUGGUAUAUCCAGUUUUUAUGCCAAAACCUGAUCACAAUGUUGCCCAGGAAGUCUGACCUGUUGGAAAUCCUGACCAAAGUGAACAACGACGUGAGCCGGGAGAGUGGCAGCACAGGCCGCAGCAAGCAGAUACCUCGUUUUGACUCCCGUCUGAGGGAGAAAGUCCUUUUUCCAUUUCCCAAUGAUCCUCCUCCUACACUUUGA